ACUGUGGGACUGGCUGAUUCAGAAGGUGCCUGAUGUAGAGCAAAAAACUCCGGCCACUGAGUUUUGUAGUGACGGGGCGGAAAACGUCAACUCUGCACAUCAGGGAAUAUGAAGUAAAUGGACGUUUCCACAAAACAAGGGGGAAGCAGCAGGUUAAACCCCCUGGAUGGCAUUUAUUUAUUUUUAAAUACAGUUAUAAUAUUCUUAAGGACAACCAACCAAAGCUGACAGGUUCCCUGUAAAUUUAUACUUCGGCGCAUCACGGAGAUCGUUUGUGAAAGGGUUGCUCUUUGGGAUGACUACAUGAAAAAGUUCACAGAAGCCUCCAGUGAAUGAGACACCCCAAUAAUUUGAACAUCGCAACAGUCAUACGUUGGAGAUUGGACAGCAAAUAUUUUCGAAAAUAAUACCUAACAUCCACCAACAUGAAUAAUUCUCCAAACGUCUUUUCGGAUCCAAGUCCAAAUAGGUUUCAGGUCAAAGUCAUUAAUGAAAACCAUGACAGUACAGGUCCAUCUGGAGGAGAUCUCAACCCUCAGUGUUACGAAGAAACAUCUUUUGCUGAUGGGGCCAAUAACAGGUUACGAGUAAGCUACAGACCCGGAAACCGAGAACUGUAUGACAGUUUCUUUCCAAAUGGGGACGCGGCCAAAACUGACGGAAGCUUUCAUCCUUAUGAAACGCACAGUAACACGUAUUAUCUAAAAACGUUUGGUCACAAUACCGUGGAUGCCAUACCUAAAAUUGAUUAUUACCGAAACACAGGGAGCGUCAGCGGGGCCAAAAUGGUUAGGCCAAGCCUGAUGGAUAUUCAUGAACAAUUAGCAAAGAACAUAGCAGUUACUACCGUGGACAAAUUCACCAAGGCAGAUGGCCCCAUGGGAGGAGAAGCAGAACCUGAGAAUGAAGAAGAAACCAAAGGAGGCUUUGUGAAAUUUGGCUGGGUAAAAGGUGUCCUGGUGAGAUGUAUGCUGAAUAUCUGGGGCGUGAUGCUUUUCAUUCGCCUGUCCUGGAUUGUAGGUCAAGCCGGAAUAGGUCUUGGAGUUAUCAUAAUCCUCCUUGCCACCACGGUUACCUCCAUUACUGGCUUGUCCACUUCAGCGAUAGCAACUAAUGGUUUUGUUCGUGGAGGUGGUGCUUAUUACCUCAUCUCCAGAAGCCUGGGACCUGAGUUCGGGGGCUCCAUCGGACUCAUCUUUGCCUUUGCCAACGCCGUGGCAGUAGCCAUGUAUGUUGUUGGAUUUGCCGAAACCGUGGUGGAACUUCUCAAGAGCAGUAAUGCCAUCAUGGUGGACGAAUCCAACGACAUCAGGAUAAUUGGCGCCAUCACGGUUGUGGUUCUUUUGGGAAUCUCCGUGGCUGGGAUGGAAUGGGAGGCAAAGGUAAAGCAUAGCAUUAAAUACACGCCAAAUGAACACCCAAGAGGACGUUUUGCAGUUGCUAGGACCAGCAGCAUUAACACGAUCCCGUCAAGACACGUGGGGGAGUUCAAUCAACGGAUGCUCGAAGUGAGCACACAGUUUAAAAAGAAGCAAGGAAAAGGCACCAUUGAUGUUUGGUGGCUGUUUGACGACGGAGGGCUCAUUCUGUUAAUUCCCUACAUCCUCACCCUUCGAAAGAAGUGGAAAGACUGUAAAUUAAGGAUCUUUACUGGUGGAAAAGUUACUCGUCUUGAAGAAGAGAAACUCACGAUAGCUUCACUUUUAAAUAAAUUCAGAAUAAAAUUUGCUGACAUUCACAUAGUUGGCGACAUCAAUAUGAAACCCAACAAAGAAAGCUGGAAAUUCUUUGAAGAGAUGAUUGAACCAUACCGCCUUCAUGAAAGCUGCAAAGAUUUAACAACUGCUGAGAAAUUAAAGAGAGAGGCUCCGUGGAAAAUCACUGAUGCGGAGCUGGAAGCAUUCAAGGAGAAGAGCUACCGCCAGGUCCGAUUGAACGAACUCCUGCAAGAACACUCCAGAGCCGCUAAUCUUGUUGUUCUGAGCCUACCAGUGGCAAGAAAGGGAACUGUAUCUGAUCUCCUGUAUAUGGCUUGGUUAGAAAUCCUCUCAAAGAAUCUGCCUCCAAUUUUACUCAUCAGAGGCAACCACAAAAAUGUUCUAACAUUUUAUUCUUAGCGUGGAGCACCAGGAAUGCGGCACAUACGUUUUAUGCAUGGCAAAAUUGCCACACUAACACAAAUGCCAUAGUGCAACAAGAUCUCAGAAUCUGACAAACCUGAAUAGCCUAAACGCUGAAUAACCAUUUUGGUGUUACUAUCCCAUAAUACUAUGAUUCUUAAAUCAUAAUAAUGCAGCAUAAGUACUCAACAGUGAACACACAAUCUGGACCUAUCUUACUCAGUGAUGACAACUGUGGACUGAAAUUUUAACCAUAUAGAUUCACAGGCCACAAAUAAAUGUGUAGUUCAUUGUGUAUAAACAGACUCAUUUCGACCGGUUAAGGAAACUCCUGUUGGACUGUGGCUACAUUGAUUUUUUAAAAAUCUGUCUAAACUCUCUAUAAAUUUUAUUAAUAAAAUUCAUAUGAGGAUCUUUUUUAGAACAGUUCAAAACAGUUUUCCAUAC